UGGGGCAAGGAGACAGCGGAGGGGAGAGGCAAAGGAUGGAGAGAUGCUGUUGCCAGGGAACAGCAGCCACAUAGACGACCUCUGAAAAUAACAGCAGGAUUAUAUAGUAGAGUAAAGGGACACAGGCCAGUGUUCAUUUUUCCCCCCAAGUUACUGCAUGGAAAAUAAGCUGCUUCUGUGAAAGGACCCUGAAUACAGAUUUUUUUUUUUCUUCUUUUUUUUCUUUUUUUAUAUUGCAGUAAGGGGAAAGAAUACUACCAAGGUAUAUGGAUCCACAUGAAAAAAAAAAAAGACAGAAAGAUCCUGAUGUCAGAGCAGAUGCAUUCUUUUUAAAGGAAUUUUGUGUUGCGGUGGGGUGGAUGUAAGGGCUGAGGGCCGAGCUGUCGGCUCACUCUUCGCGGCCAACCUUUCUCCAACAAAGGUGGCCAGCAACUGAGGAGGGGAGGAGAGAGUCUAGAACAGAGGUUCCUCCUGUCUUCGGACACCUGCUGCUGGAUAGCUGCUGACACUGAAGGCACUGUAUGAACAUGUCUGCAAGAGUGUGUGUGUGUGUGCAUGUGUAUUAAUGAGAGAUAGAAAGACAUAGGAGGAAUUCCAGACUGACCUAUGCUUCUCUGUUGAUGUGGGAGAUUGGGAGUUUCUGCCCUCAAAUCUUUGCAUCUGGGACUUAUUGGAUAAGGCAUUCAGACACAGACCAGAAGAGAGGUUCUGGGGGAAUCUCAGACUUUUCAUGCCCCUGCUUUCUUCUCUGAGAGAUGGGCACCACAGAAGCAACUUUACGAAUGGAUAACAUGGAAGUGAAAGAUGAGUGGCAGGAUGAAGACUUCCCAAGACCUCUACCUGAGUACGGAGACAUGGAUCCCUCUUGUGGUCUAACAGAUGAUAGAGUCUCUCCUCCUAACUCCCUGCAUGUGAGCCCACUUGGAGGAGGCAGCGGUGUGUCUUCCUCUCACCGCAAACGGCGUACCCUGGUUGCCCCGGAGAUGAACCUGUCCCUGGAUCAAAGCGAAGGUUCUCUACUGUCAGAUGACUUCUUGGAUACACCAGAUGACUUGGACAUUAAUGUGGAUGACAUUGACACUCCAGAUGAAACAGACUCACUGGAGUUCAUAACCAAUGGAAACGACCUGGAGUGGGAAGAUGAUACCCCAGUGGCCUCAGCCAAAGCAGGGCCAGCUGAUGGCUCGGGAGAAGCCGGUGAAAAUGGGAACGGAAACAACGGGCGCCUGUGGAGAACAGUGAUCAUCGGAGAGCAGGAACAUCGUAUUGAUAUGCAGAUAAUCAGACCUUACCUUCGGGUCAUCACACACGGAGGUUAUUAUGGAGAAGGCCUGAAUGCCAUCAUUGUAUUCUCUGCUUGCUACCUGCCUGACAGCAGCAGUCCAGAUUACCACUAUAUCAUGGAAAAUCUCUUCCUAUAUGUGGUGAGCAGCCUGGAGAUGCUUGUGGCUGAAGAUUAUCUGAUCAUUUACAUGAACGGAGCCACUCCUAGGAAUAAGAUGCCUGGGAUCGGCUGGCUUAAGAAAUGCUACCAAAUGAUUGACAGGAGACUGAGGAAGAACCUGAAGUCUCUGAUCAUCACUCAUCCCACUUGGUUCAUACGCACGGUCCUGGCUAUAUCCCGGCCUUUUAUCAGUGUGAAGUUCAUGAAUAAGAUCCAGUAUGUUCAUAGUCUGGAUGAACUGGCAGAGAUUGUCCCCAUGGAGCACGUCCAGGUUCCUGAGUGUGUAGUGCAAUUUGAUGAAGAGAAGAUUAAAGCCAGGAGGGAAAGGAUGGAGCAGGAGCAGCGACAGCAGGAGCAGCAGUCAGUCCCACAGGAGCCAAUCAAAAAGUCUGAGAGGCCAAAAUCAAUGAUUGUAAAUCAAGGAUUAUGAGACGAACAGUAACUGAUGGUAAAGGGUCUUACAGAUGCAUGUCCAGUGACUUUCUCCCUUGGUUUUUUCAACAACAGUUUUGUCAUUAUUUUCCUGUCAAAAUGAAGAAUGCUCCGUCCUGUUAUACUCCUUCCCUCUCUCUCUCUCGCCUAAAAGGGUUUACAUGCCAACAAGAAAAGGGAAAGGAAGUUUUACUGCUGAUGUCAUUCAUCUUUGGUGGAGCAGCCCCUUUUUGUUCAAUUAUCAUACUAAAGGCAUUUGAGUGAUUAAAAAUGAAGCUCUCAAAGCCUAAAUUGAUGAGUGUUUUUAUGGGUUCCUGCAAAGAUGACAGUUUGCAGAUGCAACGUGUUCACCUGAAAGAC